CACCCUGGGGGGUAGUAGUUUGCGGGAGAGACGGACGGCGGAGACGGGUGGGUGGAUGUUGGUUUAUCCAUCCACCGAAACCCUCCUCGCUCCCCUUCUCUUUGUCUAUGUGUGCCUCGGUGCUGGGGUUGAUUCUUUUGAGACUUUCGGAGAAGGGUGGGAAGUCCUUUGUGUUUCAGGUGAUUGUUGUUGGAAUUCCAGGGGGUCUGUCUGUCUGGUUCGGUUGCAUGGUUCGAUUUGCUUUGUCAUUCACGUUGUUAAUCUGGAUGAUGCUUUGAUGGAUGCAUCGACCCUGAGAGAUUCCAUCGAGUUUGACCAGUAGACAGUCAAGUCUUGAUAUAUACAUCUAUCAUUGUCGACUAAGGCGACAAGAUCAUGGUCGAGUCCAGCAAGGUGUAGCAGAGAAGAUCGAAUCUAGAUUGCUUCGCAUAUUUACAGUACCCCUGGACAAAAGGACACCCCUCUGACCAGUCG